AUGGAGAGGUACCCGAGUGAUGCUGACCUAGACAUGUGCCCCGUGUGCGGGGACACAGUGUCCGGGUACCACUACGGACUACUGACCUGCGAAAGUUGUAAGGGAUUCUUCAAACGCACGGUUCAAAACAACAAGAGUUACACUUGUUCAGAAAGCCAAGAUUGCAGGAUCGAUAAAACUCAGAGGAAGAGAUGUCCUUUCUGUAGGUUCCAGAAGUGCCUUCGUGUUGGAAUGCGAUUGGAAGCUGUCCGAGCAGACCGGAUGCGUGGUGGCAGAAACAGGUUCGGCCCAAUGUACAAGCGCCACCGUGCCCUCAAGCAGCAGAAAAACGCUCUGCUCCAGAGUCACGGUCUCAAGGCAGAAUACACCCCGGAUCUUAUUUCUCCUCCAACCAGGACACCGUUCAACUUCACCAACAUCAACAUUAACACCACCCCCAGCGACACCAUCACCUCCGACCUCCAUCCACAAACUCACAGCGGCUACAGCUUCUACCAAAACCAACCACGCCACGAGAGCCCCCAGCACUACCACGUAUCGCCACUGGGGGCGCUCUACUCGCCGGUCCAUGCCGUGGCGGUGAUUGGCGACUGCUCUGGCAUCCCCGGCAUCCCCCAGGCCCAGUGCUCUGGCUCCUUCUCGGCCCAGGGGCCUGCACUGCCUCACCUGCUGGUUGAAUUCCUGCGUUGUGAGCUGGAUGAGCUCCAGGUGCGGAGUAAGGUCAUUGGCCGUCUCGAGCAGAUGCAAGGGGAAGGGGGGUGGGGUGGGUUAGGGGCGACCCACAUGUAUCUCAUGGUGGACCAGAUGCUGUUCUACAUCGUGGAAUGGGCUCGUGGGAGCGUCUUCUUCAAAGAGCUGAAGGUGAGUGACCAGAUGAAACUGCUGCACCACUGCUGGUGUGAGCUGCUGGUCCUGGACAUGGUCUCCAGGCAGCUCCAACAUGGCCGACAGGGAAGUCUGGUCCUGGUCACUGGACAGGAGGUGGAUCUGCCGGCAUUAGUCAGCCCUGCCGGUCCCCUGCUCAGAACUCUGGUCCAGAAGGGACAGGAUCUGCUGGAAUCCUUCCGGAAGUUGCAGGUCGACCGCAAUGAGGUGGUCUGCUUCAAGUAUCUCAUCCUCUUCAAUACAGAUGUGAAACACGUUGAAAACCAGUCGUUUGUGGAGAAUGUCAAGGAGCAAGUUCAUAGGGCGCUGCUUGAAUAUACACUGUGUGCCUAUCCCCAAUUCCUUGACAAGUUUGAUAAGCUGCUACUGUGCUGGUCAGACCUAUGUGCCCUCAGCACGCUUGCUGAGGAGUAUCUAUGUUCUAAGGAUAUUUGUGGUGAAGUGCCCUGUAACAAUCUGCUUAAUGAGUUGCUGCAUGCAAAGCACCAUUCCAUGUGAAAGAUGCUAUGAUUUCUAAUAUUUGUUGUGUUAUGUGUAAAGUAUAUUGAAGUGCAUAUUUGAAAGAUACUCUAAAUUGAAUUCUAAAUGGAUAAUUUUGUUUUUGUAGCCAUAUUGUACAAAGUGCCACUAAAGAAAAUGUGACUAUAAGGACGGUGGCUGAUUGGAAACAAGUUCUUUGAAGCUUGUUUACUGACCUAUAUUCCAACUAACCAAUCCCCAAUAACUAACAACACUGAAACAUCCCAAACAAAAAAUGUGAAGAAACUUCACAGAAUAUUUGUACAUUGUGUACUUACAUUUAUACUGACACACAAAAAUAUUUUGCCGUUAAUUUUUUUGAAUACCAAAUUACAAAACAAUGCAGUGAUCUGUGUAUCCUUUUUAUAGCAUUUAAUCUGUGAAUGUACGAACAAUAACAAAAGUAACAAAUGUAAUUUAUGUUGUUUGCUUAAAGCAAAAAAAAAAAGUAAA